GUUCCUCCUCAUUACAGGUGCAGGUUCAUGUUCAGCGACAAGGGUUCUUUGAAAGACUAGACAGUCGAGGAUCUUCAGUUAGAAUUUUAUGUGUUCUGCAAAUUAAAGUAUAAUAAAUAAAGUAGUUCAAAUAUGGUAGGCUUAGAGAAUUGUGAAGUUCAAAAUGAGACCACACCCUUUAGUGGUGUUGACACAGAAGGAUUAGCUUCCAUCCUGAAAAGUAUAAUCAUUACUAGGUGUAAAGAAGGUGCCACUAUUGAUGAAAUUAUUGAUGACUAUAAAGACCACACAGGUGAUGAGUUAUUAUCGAUAUUCCGUGAUCGUGAUUCCAUUGCGGACUACCUACGAUGCAUUGAUGGCACAUGGUCCUCAUUCAAUGCUCCAAAUGGACCAUACCUGUGGUAUUGUAACACGGAAAAAACAAGGCAUCUCUCUGAAAUGAUCAAAAAACAAAAACCGACCAGGUUUAGCAACAAAGGAUUCAACGUGAUGAAACAUCAUCCCACGAUUAUUCCCCAUGCCAACAGCUCAAUGGUGAGUGAGUCCGGGACUCGUGAAAAAUUUUUUGAUGACAACAUGGGAUUUAUUUCGAAACGGAACGCUUGGAACCGUAUUCAACAUCGAGCGGCUGCUAGUCAUCCAUAUUUGCCCCCUCAAAGACGCCAAGGGCAGCAGAUUAAACCGAUGUCGCAGAGGAGAUGUCACCCAAACACACUUCAUAUGGGGCCCAAUUUUUGUGGCUUUCAGAUGAUCGGAGACGACUUUUUCCUUUCGCUAGCCAGAUGGGAACUGGGAUACUCGUUUGACCCGGGAUACAGUAUUCAACGGAGCGGCCUUUGCAUUUCCGGUUUGACAAUCGCGGAAGCCGCGGACCGUGUUAUGAAGGCAACAUUCAUUAACGAUCGGGUCAUGGUAAAUAUUGGCGUUGUAGACCUGCUCCAUGGUCAUGACUUUGUAGAUAUGCAACAGGAUCUGUUUCAAUUAAUGAAGAACUUGGAAAACCGCGGCGCAUCUGUGGUGCUUACCACGCUGUCACCAUUGGCUAAUAGUUCGCACAUACCGGGAGUAGCCGAUCGAUUGCAAAAGUUCAACAAUCUUAUACGCAGAUAUCACUGGCAAUACAUUGACCUGUGGAAAUGCUUCGUAAACGAACGGAACAGCACGUUGUAUGAGUGUUUCCAGCCAGGACCCAGACACGUUAGCGGCAGUAACCAACCGCACGUAUUGUGGAACAAAUUGGGUCGCCAGAGAAUAAUCAAAUUUUUGAAAACUGAUCUCGCAACAUUCAUGUAGCAUCACAAAAACGCUAACAAUUAUCGCUGUCAUUGUUCUCCAGAUGUAAUUAUUUUUAAUUUGUUUAUCUGUUGUUUUUUUUUGUAGUAUACAUGUUUAAAUAUUGUCAUUAUGUGCGUUAGGAUCUGAAAGUUUGUCUAGUUUAAGUUUAUACAAUUUUUGUAAACCGUACUUUCCAAUAUAACUGAUAACUAUUGUAGAAGUCAUACUCAGAGAUAACAAGCCUGAUUUCUACUUGAUAGGCAAUAGUUAGAUUGGACUUAAUUGCGGAAACAAUUGAAUUUUUCUUUUCGAUGACGUCGGAGAAGAAAAUAUCAAAUUGUUUUCCACAAAUUGCUGAAGUUAUCCAUUUUCGGUCUAUGGAAAACCACAGUCCAAAGACUUUAUUUCUUUGGGCUUCCGUUUCUUUAGUUUACACCGAGUAUGGAUUUGUCCACCGUGGACGUUGGACGUCGAAAUGCUAUGGGCCCAUGGCAUUAUUUUUCAUCGUUAGAACACGAAUUGAAUAUUUAUAAUUCUAUUGAAAGGGUCUAUAAUUUGAGGGAGUGAAUAUUAUAAUCGUCAUAACGUAAAGCCUUAAGAAAUACCUAAUAGUUAGUGUAAUAGUUAGGAAACCAUUAUUUUACCGUAGAAGUAAUUUAUGUAAACGCUUUGAUUUUUGUUGGAGAUUAUUGUGGUGUAUUUUGUGUUGCGUUUUUUUGUCAAUAAAAAUAUUUGUUUACUUUUCUGUGA